UAUUGGCCCCGCCCCUCCCAAUCAUGUGAUUCAGGUGUUCCAAUCUCCUCCCAAUCAUGUGAUUCAGGUGCUCCAAUCCCCUCCAUAUCAUGUGAUUCAGGUGAUCCAAUCCCCUCCCAAUCAUGUGAUUCAGGUGUUCCUAUCCCCUCCAUAUCAUGUGAUUCAGGUGUUCCAAUCCCCUCCAUAUCAUGUGAUUCAGAUGUUCCUAUCCCCUCCAUAUCAUGUGAUUCAGGUGUUCCAAUCCCCUCCAUAUCACGUGAUUCAGGUGUUCCAAUCCCCUCCAUAUCACGUGAUUCAGGUGUUCCAAUCCCCUCCAUAUCACGUGAUUCAGGUGUUCCAAUCCCCUCCAUAUCACGUGAUUCAGGUGUUCCAAUCCCCUCCAUAUCACGUGAUUCAGGUGUUCUAAUCCCCUCCAUAUCACGUGAUUCAGGUGUUCCAAUCCCCUCCAUAUCA